UUGCGGCGCAGCCCGCCCGCCCCGCCCGCAGAGUCUGGCCGCCGCGCGUCGCCCACACACGCCGCCGCCGCCGCCGCCAUGGGCUCCUGAGGCCGGCUCAUCGCUUAUUCCAAGGGUUUCUCUCAGGGAGCCCCCUGCCGCUGGGCACCAUGACGGUGAGGGGGGCCGCAGUGGCCCCGGAUCCGGCGUCGCCCACGACUGCGGCAGCCUCACCCAGCGUCUCUGCGAUUCCCGAGGGCAGCCCCACAGCCAUGGAGCAGCCGGUGUUCCUGAUGACAACUGCCGCUCAGGCCAUUUCUGGCUUCUUUGUUUGGACGGCCCUGCUCAUCACCUGCCACCAGAUCUACAUGCAUCUCCGCUGCUACAGCUGCCCCAACGAGCAGCGCUACAUCGUCCGCAUCCUCUUCAUCGUGCCCAUCUAUGCCUUCGACUCCUGGCUCAGCCUCCUCUUCUUCACCAACGACCAGUACUACGUGUACUUUGGCACCGUGCGUGACUGCUACGAGGCCUUGGUCAUCUAUAAUUUCCUGAGCCUAUGCUAUGAAUACCUCGGGGGAGAAAGUUCCAUCAUGUCAGAGAUCAGAGGGAAGCCCAUCGAGUCCAGCUGUAUGUAUGGCACUUGCUGCCUCUGGGGAAAGACUUACUCCAUUGGAUUCCUACGGUUCUGCAAGCAGGCCACCCUGCAGUUCUGCGUGGUGAAGCCGCUCAUGGCUGUCAGCACCGUGGUCCUCCAGGCCUUCGGCAAGUACCGGGAUGGUGACUUUGACGUCACCAGCGGCUACCUCUACGUGACCAUCAUCUACAACAUCUCCGUCAGCCUGGCCCUCUACGCCCUCUUCCUCUUCUACUUCGCCACCCGGGAGCUGCUCAGCCCCUACAGCCCCGUCCUCAAGUUCUUCAUGGUCAAGUCCGUCAUCUUUCUUUCCUUCUGGCAGGGCAUGCUCCUGGCCAUCCUGGAGAAAUGCGGGGCCAUCCCCAAGAUCCACUCGGCCCGCGUGUCGGUGGGCGAGGGCACCGUGGCUGCCGGCUACCAGGACUUCAUCAUCUGCGUGGAGAUGUUCUUCGCGGCUCUGGCGCUGCGGCACGCCUUCACCUACAAGGUCUAUGCGGACAAGAGGCUGGACGCACAAGGUCUGGGUGUGGAGACCCCACGAUGGAAUACCACAGGACCCGCACCGGAAGAUCAGGACAGAGACCCUAGAAUAGAUAGGUUCCUACCAGCUCCUGAUGUCGAACACCCUUAUCCAUUUUCUCCUAUAGUCCCCUUGUCUCUCAAGUCCUCUUUUUUAGACCUGAUUACUUCUAAGAAACAGACUCAGAGGGUAAUAGCUUUUAACAGCUUUCUUUUUACACCUGCUUAUCUCCGUCUUUGGAGAACAGAGGUGGCAGCCCCAGUUGUACAUUAGAAUGCCCUGCAGAGUCUUCACAGUCCCGCCGUCCCAGCCCCGCCUCAGAGGCUCUGCGGUAACGGGCCUGGGCUUGCGCCCAGCAGCGUGUGCUUGCAGAGCUCCCCGGGGCCCAGGGGUGCUGCCUCUGGUGCUGCUGGACAGAGAGGGGACGUUCAAAGGGGCAGGAAGAGGAGGCUGGGGAGGCCUGAAAUGACUUAACCAGUGGGGUGGCCAAGGGCCUGUGGAGGGGACGCUCCUGGUCUAACACAUCUACCCAGCGGUUGGGCUGCUGCCAGCUCCCUUCUCGUGUGGCUGGAGGUGAGAAACUCACUUCCCCAGGCCCCCCAGCAAUGCCCACCACAGGCCCUGGGGAGCAGUGUGCUAAGCAGUGUAAAGGCACCAGACUGGCCUGGCGCAGGGCUCCCUGACGCUCCCUUCUUACUUACCAUGUUCUUUCACUGGUUGGGAAGAGGGCUUCACAUGCCUGUGUGGCUGCUGGAGGCGUGUGGACUGAAUUGUACUCCAGGCCUCUCGACUGGCGUGCCCUCGACUUGUUUUCUCCCAACACACUUGCUGCCUGGGGGCUGUAGGCACUUUUUCCAUAUUUAAUUGCACACCUACUCAGUGCCAGGCGCUGUGCUGGCCAUGGCUCACCGCUGCCAGCUAGGGUCCCACCUGCUGCCCACCAGGGCCCCAUUGGAAGGAUCCGGUGAAUACCCACCCAGUGUUGAGGAUGAUGUCUCUUGGACCUGAUCCUGACAGAGCCUGUGCCCUUGGGAAGGUCACCCUUGUGCCUGGAGCUUGGGACCAUGGCAGAGAACCCUUUAUGCACAGUUCAGGUUUAAAAUGGCUUAAGGAGGGGCCGGGCCUGUGGCGUAGCGGUUAAGGGUGCGCGCUCCGCUGCUGGUGGCCCGGGUUCGGAUCCCAGGUGCGCAUCGAGGCACCACUUGUCAGGCCAUGCUGUGGCGGCGUCCCAUAUAAAGUAGAGGAAGAUAGGCACAGAUGUUAGCCCAGGGCCAGUCUUCCUCAGCAAAAAGAGGAGGAUUGGCAUGGAUGUUAGCUCAGGGCUGAUCUUCCUCACAAAAAAAUCAAAUGGCUUAAGGAAGCAUUUCUGCACGUGGUGGCUCUGCAGAGGCUCGCUGUGGAUGCCCGGCUGUCCUCCCACCCACUGCCCCCACACACAUCCACCGCUAGCAAGAAAUAGUGUGGCCAGAAAUACAGCUUUAGCAGCCCAGCCAGGGAAAGGCAGGACCCCACCCCCGGGCUGGUCCUGGGCCAGUUGCACACCCACUAACCGCGGUACCCAGCCCUUGUCAGCCCUCAAGUCAGGCUUGGGUGCAAAGCCGGCUCUACUGUGUGAUCUGUACAAGUAUCCCCACCCCCCGCCCCCUGCUCCUGAUUUCCUCGUCUGGGAAGUGUUGUGAGGUUUGUAAAGCACGAGGCACAGGCUUAGCAACUCCAGCCCAGCCUGAAGAGAAGUGGGGGUGGGGGGUCCUGACUUAGAUGCAGAGGUUGAACUCCAAGCACCAUUCUAGGUGUCAACUGUGUGUUCUCCCCACCCCCCCAAAAAAAGCAUGAGCACCACAGGAGGAGUCAUCCCCAGGUGGACAUGCCCUCCAGGCCCCAAAGGGGCAGCAGGAGCUGCCUGAGUGCUGGGCAGGCCUGGGGGGUGAGCGGGCAGGGUUCUGGUGUGGCGCGCCGGCCUCAGCAGUGGGAAGGUGGCGUUCACUCAGCUGUCUCUUGUCUUCUCUAUUUCUCCGGCUUCUCUCCCCUCCCCCCGCCCUGCUUUUGCCCCGGGCAGUGCCAACAUAUGGCCCUUACGGUAGGUUCUGCUCUUAGUCUGCACGUCUGUCCUGCACGUGAGUCCUGGUCACCGUCACCGGCAUGCCUCUCCCUAGGUCCUUCUCUGUGUCCCCAUCUCCUCCCCAACAGUCACCCCUGGGUGGCUGAGCCCAGAGCACCUGCCUGCCGGGGACCACCCUCCGUAGAGCUUGCCUGCUUCUGUCCUGGUCUCUCAUUGUUCUAGAAUAUGCCCUGCUCAGUCUGGGGGCACAGUUAAUAGGAAAUGAGGAGCAUUAGUUAUGCUCCGUGGCAGAGAACGGGAAGGCGG